AUGAACUCAUCUUCAAAUAAUAACCGUGAGAACCACAACGGAUCGGAUCAUCAACCUGGUGUUCCAAUAGUUACCGUUAGUAAUGAGAACACUAACGCACAUUCUUCCAACCAUAGUUCUAGAACAUCCUCUCCGAAUACCAAUGCCGAGAGUUCUCAACAACAAUCAUUGUUAUCCACCUCUUCGUCGACCAGCUCUUUGGGAGGAAUGAAGAGAGUUAAAUCUAUAGAAUUCUUACAUCUCGGGUACGAGCAUCAUGAUCCUGGUGAAUUUGUAAAUUCUUCUUUGAGAAGAAAAAAGAAUCAAAAUUCAGAAUCAAUGACACGAGUAGUUUCUCAUGCAACACUCAAUUCACUUCCUCCUCAUUCUGAGACUUCAUCAUGGGUUGUCUCUCUACAACCACUUUUUGAAAAUUAUUUUAAUGCAGAGUUGCAUUCUAUUAAAGAUCAACAAACACAUUUGAAUAAUACUGUAAGAAGAAUUGUGAAGAAAAUCACAGAAAAGAAACAGCCGUUGGAGUCAUUCUUUGUGGUAGACUUGUCACAUAUUGUGCGACAGAUUGAAAGAUGGAAAAAGGCAAUGACUUUUACGACUCAUGGUCCAUGUGUUGCGAAUUAUGGUGGAAUGGUCAGACCCAUGUACGCCGUAAAAUGUAACCCUAACGAGAAUAUUAUUAAGAUUGUGUACCUAAUGGGAGGAGGUUUUGAUUGUGCUUCACAACAAGAAAUCUCCUGCCAGCACGCCGGAGUCGAAUGGACGACAUUAGAUUCUGUUUGUGAAGUUGAAAAACUUGCCGAGCAUUGGAAACAUUGCAAAGGUAUUAUUCGUAUUAAAACGGAUGAUGCCCAUUCUGCGAUUGGAUUUUCUGAGAAGUUUGGAGCUACCAAACAUGGAGCGAUAGAAAUAAUGGAAAGAGCAAAGGAAUUGGGAAUUAAUUUAGUGGGAGUCAGUUUCCAUGUUGGAACGAAUUGUGAAGAUGUCCAAUCGUAUGUUAAGGCUCUUCGUGACACAGCUGAACUUUGUAAAACCGCAAAGGACCAUUUUGGGUUUACUUUUAACUUGAUUGAUAUUGGAGGAGGAUUUAUGAGCAGAUUGAAGAGUGCUUUACCAAUGGAAACUGUUGCAAAUGAGAUUAUUCCUCUAAUCACGGAAUCCUUUGCUCGAUCUGAAAUCACUUCGCAAAACGAUCUUGUUGAUAGAAGCACUGUCAGAAUUAUUGCUGAGCCAGGGCGCUAUGUUGUAUCAAGAUCCCAUACCUUGGUUUGUCAUAUUCACACAAAGAAAGAUUUACGUGAAGAAAAUGCCAUUCGUGUGGCUGAACUUCUUCAGCAAGGCGUUGACGUUGAUUCAUUACCACUCCUUGACGAUUUUCAUUAUUACAUUGAUGAUGGUAUUUAUGGUAGCUUUAACAAUGUGGUCUAUGAUCAUGUUCAGUUGGUGGUUAAUACUGUAAUGACCAAAAAGGCCAACAAGAAUCAAGAAAAGCAUCCCUCAACAUUGUGGGGCACAACCUGUGAUUCUCUUGACAUUUUAUUUAAGGGUUAUCCUUUACCGGAAUUGUCAUUGGGUGAUCAUUUGUUUUUCCAUAACUUUGGGGCCUAUACUACCGCCUCUUCUUCAGAAUUUAAUGGUUUUAAAAACAAUAGGCUGCAUUACAUUUGGAGAAAUUAA